GACUAAGACUCUCCACCAAUUAAACAAUUAGAAGAUGCUUCAAUUUGGCACAGGAGCAAGUCAAUACUAAAGAUGAGAAGAACUUUUCAUCUUUCUUUCUCUUCUUGAAUGUGAAAGAAACCAAACGAUAAACUCAAAUCUUCUUUCACAUUAUAUAAUUCAAUUAAACAUCUACCCCAACAAAUUUCUCUUGAUCUGAUUCCUUGUAACCCAAGCAACACAUACCCUUUCUGGCUUUCUCUCAUUGUUCUUUAAUGGCUAAGAAGAGACAUAGAAAGCUCUUUCCUAUUUUAGCAUCAGAGACUAACAAGACAUUAGAUUGUUCACUAGGAAUCUGCGACCGGAUUUGCCCUUACAAUUGCUAUCAAGAACAGGAUCAAUACACCAUAUCUCCACAGCUACCUCCAUGGUCAUCUCCACAACCAAUCAUACCUCCAUCUUCAUCAAUCUAUCAACCAUCUCAAGACCCUUCGUCUUCUAUGGACGCCAUAACAAUCAUCACCGUAACAGGUGCGGUCUUAGCCAUCCUUCUCACAGCACUAUUUCUUGUAGCUAAAUACGUCACAGGGAGCAUAAACCGAGCCCACCGUGGAAGAUACCAAUCCGAGAGAGAUGUAAGUGACGACACCGCGGUGAAUGAAGAGUUUCAGGACAGGGAGCAGGUGGAUCAUCCAAUCUGGCUGAUCAGAACAACAGGUCUUCAGCAAUCGAUCAUCAACUCGAUAACGAUCUGUAGUUACAAGAGAGGAGAUGGGUUGAUCGAGAGAACAGAUUGUCCUGUCUGUUUAAACGAGUUUCAAGAAGACGAAAGUCUUAGGUUGUUGCCUAAAUGUAACCACGCUUUUCACAUCACUUGCAUUGACACUUGGCUUAGGUCACACACUAGCUGUCCUCUGUGUCGGGCUGGUAUAGAGAUUAGUCCACGGUGCACUGGUCUGGUCGAUGUAGCUCGUUUGGAGAACGAUGGAGUUGGAUCCGAAACAGAGACGGAUGAGCAAGUUAGGGUUUUGGAGGAGGAGGAGUGUACCAUUGAUUCUCUCUCGUGUGCAAAAACCCACAAGGAAAGUAGAGAUUUUGCGGGAGAAUCUAGCGAGAAUGAGAGCCAGAUCGCUACCAGACAAGAGAACAGAGUCAUCGGAGAUGAAGAAAGCUGCUCGGAAGCUCGAGCUUCGAUGUCAACAUGCUUCAAUGCGAACAAGAGUUCGGUUUUUCCGCUGUAGGAAGUCUUCCUUCUUCUACUACUAAACCCAUUUUUUUCGAAGGUAUAAAAAGGAAGAAAUAACAAUGCAGAAAUGUUAAAGUGUAUGUACAUGUAACUCCAAAUCCAAACAACAAUAAACUGUAUCUCUUUUUUUUCCUGAA